AAAAAUCUUUUAUAAUUUUGUAAAUUAAUAAACAAUUUGGUGGCUAAUUUAAAAUUAUAUUUGAUGUGAUUUCAAAGUGUAUGUGUGAAUAGUUCUUUUUUUUUUUAAUUAAGUGUAUAAUUAAGUGUAUAAUAUUUGUACUAUUAUUGUUUGAAAUAGACGCUGCUCAAUUAUAUUCGCUAUCCUAAUACAUUGUUGAUACAAACUGCUUAAAAAUGAAGCGUCGUGACGAUAUGCAGGUAAACGUAGCUGGACUACGCCGGUGGACAAAAAAUAUUGCCCAUAAUUAUUCAAAUGCUCAAGUAAAAGUACGUGAAGCGACCAGCAAUGAUCCAUGGGGUCCGAGCAGUACACUUAUGGCAGAAAUUGCCGAUUUGACUUAUAACGUUGUGGCCUUUACAGAAAUUAUGCAAAUGGUAUGGAGAAGACUGAAUGAUCACGGUAGAAAUUGGAGACAUGUAUAUAAAGCACUUGUUUUACUGGAAUAUUUGAUUAAAACUGGCAAUGAAAAAGUUGCUCAACAAUGUAGGGAAAAUAUUUUUGCAAUACAAACAUUAAAAGAUUUUCAAUAUUUAGAAGAAGGGAAAGAUCAAGGUUUGAAUGUUAGAGAAAAAGCGAAACAAUUAGUAUCUUUAUUAAAUGACGAAGAACGAUUAAGAAAUGAAAGGGCACGAGCUUUAAAAGCAAAAGAACGUUUUGCACAAAGUGCAAGUGGUUUCGGUAGUGACGGUCAAAUUGAUACUCCAACAAGUCCAAAAUAUCCAGCUUUUAGAGGACAAUGGGAUAGUUCCCCUAGUUCAGGUUCAGUUCCUGCUGGUGAAUUGGAAAGUGCUAGACCACAAACUGCCGGAGAAGAAGAAUUACAAUUACAAUUAGCCUUGGCAAUGUCACGAGAGGAAGCGGAACAAGACGCGGCACGACGUCGUUCAGAUCAAGUUCGUUUACAAUUAGCAUUGUCACAAAGUCAAAAUGAUUUUCAACAACCAGAAGAACCUAAAAAAAGCCAUAUGUUAGAUUUAUUAGAUGUAAAUUUAAGUGAUACGGCCAGUGCAGCAUCUACAGAUCCUUGGGGUUUACCUAUACAGCCUCCACCUCAGCCGCCUAGACCACAGACUGAUCCUUGGAGUGUGACAUCAGGAGGUAGUACUUCACCUACACCAGCCGAUCCAUGGGCACCAGUAACAUCGGUAACACCUGUACCUCAAGCAGAUCCUUGGCAAACAUCUUUAUCAACCAGUAAUUUAACAACUGCAAUUUCAUCACAACCAACAAAAAAAGAUCCAUGGGCACCAACAAUCAGUCCACCCAAUAUUAGCCCGUUAAGUGGUACAUUAUCAAGCAAUAAUAUUUCAAAUUCAGGUGUUACCAGCCCAAUUUUAGCGGGAUUAGGAGGCGCAACAACAACAUCUAAUACUGGAGUUUCAUUACUUAGCCCUUCAUCAGAUUUAGAUGAAUUUGAUAUAAUUUCAAAUCGAAAUACUUCAACAAAUGGCAAUUCUAAUAAUAAUAAGCAAACAAACGGUACUUCAGAUCCAUUUGAUUUGGGUUUACUUGGUGAUACGUUACCUACAAAUAAUACUACUUCAUCAUCAACUGGUGCUACGAAAAAAACACCUCAAUCAUUUCUUGGCGAAAAUUCAUCACUUGUCAAUCUCGAUAAUUUAGUAACAUUGGGAACAAAACCACCUGCAAAUACAAAUACAACAGUAUCACCACCAUUUAAUCCAUUUGCCGAUACAAUUCAACCUAGACCAACAAUGAAUCAAAUUAAACAACAACCAUUUACUAUGCAACCUGCCAUACAAGAUCCAUGGGCACCAGUAAAUACAACGACGUCACAAAAUCAAACACCUUGGAUGAAACCUUUUGAUCAACCGAAUCCAUUUUUUUCAUAACCAGGCGUUUAAUAAAUUGAAAGUAAAAUAAAAAUCAAAAAUAAAAACAAAAAUGAUAAAAGUAUUGUAAACGUCCAUAUUUUUAUUCGGUAAGGGCACUGAUAUAUAUUUAUAUAUAUAUUUGUAGAUU